AUGUCUUGCUUCCUCGGGCGGUUGGUGAGCAGCAUCACCGCCGGACAGGGCGUGGGCGGCGCCGACCACACGUACAUCAAGCAGUUCAUGGAUUGGCUGAACCACGUCAUGCCGCCGCGCGGACUCAACGGCCGAAACCUGAACCAGAUCACGCACACCCAGACGGACCUGCUGGCUGAGGACGGCAGGCGCCGCAGGGGCGGCAGUAAAGGUGCCCAUGGCGAAGACGGAGGUAAAGGUGGUGGCAGCAACGGCGGCAGUGGCGGAGUGCUUGCUGUUCAGCGGCAGCGGCGCAGACUCCGAACCUCUGUAAAAGCUGUUGGCCACGAAUUUAUAAACGGCGCUGUCGCAGGCUAUAGCAGCAGCUGUCUGCAGCACCACCUCAUCCCGGGCGCUGAUCUGGUCUUCGUGGACUUCGCGGUCAACGACCACCCAACCGCCACUUGGGCGCUGGAAGGUUCCCCCCGUCGUGAACUGGAGCGCCUGCUUCGCAAGGUGCUCAACCUGCCGUCCAACCCGGCUGUGGUGCUGGUCAACAUGUUCGCCAUGGGGCCCUCCCACCGCAAAUAUUGGUACACUGCGGAGCGCGACUUCAUGGAGUUCGCGACCUACUACAGCCUGCCCGCGGUGAGUCUCAAGUCCGCGGUCCUUCCCUCCGCUUACGUGGGGGGUGCGGAGGAGAUGUCGCUGGGCGGCAUCUUCAACGGCGGCCUCAACCACCCGGGUCGUGGCGGCCAUGUCGUCAUAGCCGAGGUGCUCAUCACGCUCUGCACGGAGCUGCUACAAUCAAAUGCUAGGUUCUCCGGGGCUGGAUGGGGCGCGAUGGUGGUGUCGGAGGGGGCGGGAGCGGGAGCGGGAGCGGGAGCGGGAAGGGGCUUCGAGGCCGCGCUUGCGGCCGUGGCGGCACGGCCAUUGCCGCCGCCAAUGGGCCCCAGCAACUACGAGACCGCCAACAACACGUGCUAUAUCGAGGAUGAUCUGCAGGCAAGAGUUUGUAAGGUCACAGUUCUCUGUUUAAGGAAUAGGAAAAACAUUUGUUCGAUCGCAUUUGGGUGGAAGGCCCUGGUGCAGCAACCUGUGGAUGGCUGGCAGUGGACGGAUGAGGGUCGUGGGAAGUGGGGCUAUGUGGCCACCGAGCCGGGGAAGACCAUAAAGUUAAAGGUGAACACUCUGCUGGCGGGCAACAGGUCGAGGGAGCACUCGGCGGCAAAUAUUGUGGUGCAGAUCGCGCACCUGCAGAGCUACCGCGGCAUGAGCACCGCCAAGGUGUCGUGUGUGUCGGGCUGCACCUGCAUGCCCGCAGCCAUUGACGCCUUCAGCAGCCGGAUCGUCUCCCUGACCGCAAUGAAGGACAUCAGGGUAUCCCAGCACCCGGAGUGCGUCAUUGAGCUGCUGUCCGGAGGUCCCAGUCCGGCGGCACUGCACGCGGAGAGAGACCACAGCAGCGGCAGCGGCCACACAAAUGGCAGCCACGGUGACAGUGGCGACCGGCAGGCGGCGCAAGGGCACAAGUUCAAGCUGAUGGGUGUCGUGGUGGGUGAGGAGCCGGGAGCUGCUGCGGGCACCGUGACAUUUAUCCGCCAGGAAAGCCACAACCUGUGGCAGCGUGUGCGCAACACCGCGGGUCGACUGCUCGUGAGCUUGCGCUUGCACCUGCUGCGAUUGCACUAG